CUUAAUAUAUUUAUUCCCAAAUCCGUCCCCAUUUUCCUAGUAAUUCCACAACUGCCAUCCGUGCUUGAUUACACCGGAAAAUUGAAUUCGAAAUGGAGAAUGCCGGAGCGGCGGAGGGAGUCGGAUAUUGGUUACAGUGGCAGGUACUGCUUUCCGCUCUUGUAUGCGUGAUCCCUACGGUCGUCGCGAUCAGAUUCCUCCGCAGGAUAGGCGGCGGAAGCCAUCCGGUCAAGUCGGCCGAUCUCUGGUCUCCUUGCUGGCGGAAUCUCCAUCCUCGAUUGCUCCUCUUCUACCGCGCCUUCGCCUUCAUUUCCAUGGCUUAGGGUGUCCACUAUGGGAGCGGCUCGGCGGUCGCCGAAGAGGGGUGUGGGGCGAGGCGGGAGGCGCGGCGGUCAUAGUGGCUGGGGUGGCCGCCGCGCCUGAGGACGGGGGAGGGGGGCGGAAACGGCUUCGCCGCGUGCGGGGCGAGGACGCGGCUGGUGGGGGUGAGGCGCGCCUAUAGGCGCGGCGGUCAUAGUGACCGCAGCUUCCGGCGCGGCGGUCGACGCAUGCAAAAUUUUUUAUUUUUAAAAUGAAAAUUGAUUAUAAAAUUUGGGGGCUAUUGGAGGUAUCCACUAUAGUGGCGGAAAUAGAAUUUUGGGGCUAUGGACAAAAAUCCGGGGCUAUGGACAAAAAACUGGGGCGGGGCUAUUGGGCGUGUCCACCUUAUAGUGGACACCCUUACUUGCUCUACCAGACUGUUGCUGCCUUGGGCUUCAUCGUCUUCUUUUUCUACACUCAGUGGACGUUUGUUCUAGUGCUAGUAUACUUUGGGAUUGCUACUCUCGUUUCGAUUCGAGGAUGUACGAAACCUGUGGAGAAUGAAUCAGAUGAGAAGCUUGGAUUUCUCGAACACCUAAUGCAAAUCAUCUAUCAGACAUCUGCAGGAGCCGUCAUGCUCACGGAUAUUGUGUUCUGGUGCCUCUUACUUCCAUUCAUGUUGGGAGAGAGCUUUCAGCUCACUCUUUUGAUCGGGUCCAUGCACUCUGUAAAUGCCGUCUUUCUCAUUCUUGAAUCGGCCCUCAAUCGCAUGGUAUCUGGCUCUAGCGUUGGUUCACAUCCCCUUCUACGGAUUGUAUGUAUGGCUUACAAAAGCAAAACACAAGGCCUUCUCAACAUGGUUUCCCAAUGCAUUUAUGAGGUUUCCAAAGAAGAAAGAAAUUUAGGGUUCGCCAGAUUCUUGCAAUUGGAAAUGGAUGCAUGUAAAAUGUAUUUCGAGUUAGACAGCAAAUGUACAACAAUAAGAUCAAUAUUUAUACGAGAUGAUAUGCUAGAUCAUUCUCUUCUGAAGGGUAUAUUCUUACUGUAUUUGUGAUAAACACAGAGAUUGUUAUCACUAGUACUACCAAAAAAAUCCAAUACUGUAGAAUUUGAUUAACAGAUGAAACAGAUGAAAAUCCAAUAACAGAUUGUUAUUCGCAUUUUGUAA